AUGAAAGCCGAGCGCUUAAAAUCUUCGAUAGCACUUGUCAUGGGCGAACACUUAAGAUUAGAUCGUGCAGUACUUAGAGACAUUCAAUGGGCGAUUGGAAAUGCGAGCAGCCUUACUUAUUUUGAAGCAGAAAACAACAAUCUAUCUGGCAAGAUUGUUUCCGACUUUGCUCAAUGCAAAAAUCUUACCCUUUUAAAUUUAGCUUCUAAUGGUUUUACAGGAUCAGUCCCCGCGCAGCUUGGGAUUCUUGGGAAUUUGCAGGAAUUGAUUCUUUCCAGUAACUAUCUCUUCGGUGAUAUUCCCUUGUCGAUUCUUGCAUGCAAGAACCUAAACAAACUCGAUCUUAGUAACAACAGAUUUAAUGGCACCAUUCCUAUGGAAAUUUGCAACGUGUCAAGGUUGCAGUACUUAGUUCUAGGUCAGAAUUCUCUAAAGGGGGAGAUACCUCAUGAGAUUGGAAAUUGCGUGAAGCUACUUCAGUUGCAUAUCGGUAGCAAUUAUUUGACCGGCAGCAUUCCUCCGGAGAUCGGUCACCUCAAGAACUUACAGAUAUCUCUGAAUUUAAGCUUUAAUCGUCUUCAUGGACCACUUCCCACUGAGUUAGGGAAACUGGAUAAGCUUGUCUCUCUAGAUGUCUCCAACAAUCAGCUCUCUAGUGCUAUCCCACCUGAUUUUAGGGGAAUGUUGAGCUUGAUAGAGGUAAAUUUCUCUAAUAAUCUUCUCACUGGCCCAGUACCUAAUUUCGGGCCUUUCCAGAAUGCCAAUUCGAGCUUUCUUGGAAACAAAGGGCUUUGUGGAGAGCCGUUGACCUUCUCAUGUGGAAGCUCUAGUGGGCCUGACCAUGAAGGUUACCGUCACAGGGUUUCUUACAGAGUCAUACUAGCCGUUGUUGGCUCUGGAAUGGCAGUUUUCGUGUCCGUUACUGUAGUUGUUCUUUUAUUUAUGAUGAGGGAGAGGCAAGAAAAGGUGGCUAAAGCUGCAGGGGUUCCAGAGAAUGAAACCAGUGAUCUCCCAACAAUAGUGGCAGGGAAUGUCUUUGUCGAUAACCUCAAACAGGCCAUAGAUCUUGAUGCCGUCGUCAAAGCCACAAUGAAAGAUGCCAAUAAGCUCAGUUGCGGUACUUUUAGCACAGUUUAUAAGGCAAUUAUGCCUUCGGGGCGGAUUCUGUUGGUGAAGAGACUGAAAUCUGUUGAUCGAUCCAUAAUUCAUCAUCAAAACAAGAUGAUUAGAGAGCUAGAAAGGCUUAGCAGACUCUGUCAUGAUAACCUAAUGCAGCCUAUUGGGUUUGUGAUUUACGAAGAUGUUGCCCUUUUGCUGCAUCACUACUUACCAAAUGGGACUUUAGGGCAGUUACUGCAUGAAUAUACCAAGAAACCUGAGUAUGAACCCGACUGGCCUCAAAGACUAUCAAUUGCUAUAGGGGUAGCUGAGGGUUUGGCUUUCCUUCAUCAUGUUGCAGUGAUUCACCUCGAUAUAUCUUCCGGAAAUGUAUUCUUAGAUGCAAAUUUCAAUGCCGUGGUUGGGGAGGUUGAGAUAUCUAAGCUCUUAGAUCCAUCUCGAGGCACUGCAAGUAUUAGUGCAGUGGCGGGAUCCUUCGGGUAUAUUUCUCCAGAGUAUGCAUAUACGAUGCAAGUCACUGCACCUAGAAAUGUGUAUAGUUUUGGUGUAAUUUUGCUCAAGAUCCUUACGACAAGGGUGCCAAUAGGGGUGUGCAAUUGGACCAGCCUCUCACCUCUGCCAAUCCAUCCGAGCGCUGCGCUGCUGACGCUGCCUUCACUCGCCCACCUGGUCCCGGCCAUCCUCGCCACCCCAGCGCCGUCGGCCUCGGACAUAAACGUGACAGCGUUCGAUGAGUGUUCUGGAUCUCCCUAUUUCCACCUUGUUCAAAGAUUCGAGCGGCUUUCGGAUCCGCCGGAGAACCAAUGUUGGCGAUUCCUUGCUCUGCAUGAGGGUUUUGUGAUGGUUUAA